AUGCCGAUACUGCUGCCAAGACAAUUCUGCCCCAACGCCUCUUGGAGGACGCGAAGAGGUGUAUUGCUCCUUCUUGUCAGUUUCGUACUCUUGCGCUCUCGCAUAAUCACAUCUCCCAAAGAGGCACUCGCUAGGUUGAAGGCCGUUGCCUCUAGGCCGCGAGUCAGCCAGGAAGAACUCGUUCGCGCACUGCAACAGUUGUACAUUAAGGAGCCCGAUGGCACUCAGACCUUACUCAUACCACGCGAGGACGGAAUCUCAAUGAUUCCUAUCCGCCCUACUCCAUCUUCACUGGUUUCCGCCAAUGUCAAAUAUUUUCCUCCCGCUCCUGCAACCCACAGACCCAAUCUCGAUCGAACUUUCCUCCGUCAGCUGCAAGCCAUUCUUCGCAUCGCGAUUCCGACCUGGCGCUCUAAAGAAACUGCAAUCUUGCUCACUCACAGUUUCUUUCUCAUUUUCCGCACUGUACUCAGCGUCGCUGUCGCACGGUUGGACGGACGCAUUGUACGCGAUCUUGUGAGCGCGGAUGGGAAAGGUUUCAUGAAAGGCCUAGGACUUUGGUUCGCGCUUGCUAUACCAAGCACGUAUACUAAUACUAUGUUGCGACAUUUUCAAGCGAAACUUUCGCUAAGACUUCGCACACGCUUGACACGGUACACAGAUGAUUUGUACUUAUCCCCUGCACCAGACCUGCGGUAUCACCGUGUCGCGCUUGAGGGAGGGCUGGAAGAUGUAGAUCAGUAUAUCACUUCUGAUAUUGCUGCAUUCUGCGACUCGUUGUCGAGUAUCUACGGAAAUUUGCUCAAGCCUUCCUUAGAUCUGCUUCUCUUCACCUCGCAGCUCUCGCGUACUCUUGGAUUCCGCGGGACUAUCUUACUUGGUGUCAACUAUUAUCUCACGGCGAAGAUUCUACGCGCAGCGACGCCCGCCUUCGGUCGUCUGGCCGCAGUGGAGGCGCAGCUAGAGGGAGAAUAUCGCGCUGGAAUGGGCAGAAUAGAUCGAGAGAGCGAAGAAAUCGCGUUCUAUGGCGGCGGGCUGAGAGAACGUAGCAUUCUCCGUCGUGCAUACUUGCGCCUCAUUAGUCAUAUCAAUUCAAUAUACAAAAUUCGCAUUGCAUAUGAAUGGACGGAAGACUUCGUGAUCAAAUACCUCUGGAGCGCUGCAGGGUACUGUUUGAUUGCAGUCCCCGUCCUGCUCACUCGGCGAAGAGACGUUGGGGUGCAAAUUGGCCCGCCUCAGCACCGAUCGAGAGUCAACGAUGAGGUCGCAAAUCGCACUGAGACAUAUAUCUCCUCGCGCCGGCUGCUCCUCUCUCUUGCUGAUGCUGGUGGUCGUGUCAUGUACGCAUAUAAAGACUUACUCGAGCUCGCGGGACUCACGACACGACUCUACACUCUGCUUUCUACGUUGCACAACCUCCCGCCGCUUCCGACGAAUAUCGACGAUCACUAUGUGGACCGGAUUGAGCUGAAGCAUGUCGAUGUCGGCAUUCCUGGGACCGAUGCCCUCGCGCUCACUACGCCAUCAUGGAUACUUGUAAAAGAUUUGUCGCUGGUGCUCCGGGAAGGGGAGCACCUAAUGAUCACAGGCAGUAAUGGCGUUGGAAAGACGGCUGUUGCACGUGUGCUUGCAGGAUUAUGGGCGUCACAAGGUGGAGGAACUGUGCGGAGGCCUGCAGGGCGAGCGGGCGUAUUUAUCGUUCCCCAGCGAGCAUAUAUGGUUACGGGAACGCUGCUCGAUCAGGUCAUCUAUCCCCACGCGUUCCCUGAGUUCAUAGAAUCUGGGAAGACAGAGAAGGAUUUGAUGGAUAUACUUGCGGCUGCUAACUUGGCAUAUUUGCCCGCACGAGAAGGAGGAUGGAGCACACGAAAGGAGUGGAGAGACGUUCUGAGUGGGGGAGAGAAACAGCGGAUGGGCUUGGCGCGAGCGUUCUACCACCGGCCAAAGUUUGCGAUAUUAGAUGAAUGUACAAGUGCCGUCUCUAGCGACGUCGAAGGCCGAAUGUACGAACAUGCUAAGUCGCUGGGAAUCACGCUUAUUACGAUUUCCCUGCGACCGUCACUAAUGCGAUACCAUACCCAGCUCCUCACUCUGGCUGGAGACGGCACGGGGAAAUGGACACUUUCCCGUAUCGGCUCCGCAGAGGAGCGCAUGGGGAUCGACCGGGAAAUCAUCACAUUAGAGAAUAAGUUAGCGGAAGUUGAGCAGUGGGAGAGAAGGGUGCAGGAGUUAAACCAUAUGCUGUCGGCACAGAUUCAGUAG